AUGAUCAACCCAGCCUUGGCAGUUUUCCAUAGCGAUAUGGCGGGAGCACUCAGCAAUAUACUCCAAGAAUUGACCACAUACCAACCCGGGCUUUCUCUUGACCAGUGUUUUGAGUUUGGAGAAGCACUCUUCAAUCGGUUCCUCUCUCAUUUGACCAAGAGUCAAGGUGCAGCAUUCGUCCAAGAGGUCUUGAAUGAACUUCGAAUGCUCAUCGGUUAUCUUAAGACUUUCCGCGCGCGAGCCGCCUCGCUUCUUGGGCUCUACAGUAGCAUCCCUCUCGAACUUGGUGAGGAUGUUGUUAAUCGAUACCUAUGA